AAAUUAAUCCACCAAAGUUCUUUAAAAAACUAAGAAAUAAUGUCGACGAAGACCUCACCACUUAGUAUUACACCGCCAACAACAGUUGCUACAACUUCAGAUGCAACGAAUUUAGCAACAAAUUCAGUGACAAUAAAAAAGGAACUUCCUACUGAUGAAAUUAAGGAAUAUGCUGAAAAUACUAUGAACGAAUUGCUGGGUUGGUAUGGUUUUGAUGGAGUUGAUCGAAUGGAUUUGACAUCAAAAACAUCCAAAUUAUUGCAGUCAGCUGCUGCUGCUGCAUCCGCAAAUGCAAAUAGUAAUAUUAAUCGCCAACAACAACAGCAACAACAUCAUCAACAACAACAAUCACAUCACAUGGAAAAGAGACGUAGUCGAAAUCGCACAAAUGCGUUGCUUCAAUUACAGCAACAAAAUGAAAAUGCUAGAAAAAUAUCCAAUAACAACAACAACAACAACAAAAAAUCACUAUUAAACUGCAAUAAUUUUCGUGGUAAUAAUCGCGAAGCUGUGCUAAGAAUGAGUGGUGCUACAGGUGCUAAUAAUCUGUUACUUGGUAAUGAGAGUACAACAUCAGAUCAUGACACGCGUAGUUCCAGAGAUGAUGACUCAAAAAGUCCACAUUCAGCGGGAAAAUCCACCAUUUUGGAAGAGAAAAUAGACUUCAAUAAUUGCUGCUGGUGUCGUCGUCCAGUGCCUGAUAAUGCACCAGAAUUUCUUACCACCUCUGAUGGGCCACGUUACUGUUCCGAAUCUUGUUUUACACAGAGUAGACGAGCUUCUUUCAAAAAAGCCAAGACAUGCGACUGGUGCAAACAUGUACGUCACGCGGUCAGCUAUGUUGAUUUCCAGGACGGUGCUUCACAACUACAAUUCUGUUCCGAUAAAUGUUUGAAUCAGUAUAAAAUGCAAAUAUUUUGCAAAGAAACCCAAGCCCAUCUUGAUAUGAAUCCACACUUACGCGAUAAAGGCUUAGAAGCUGCAGCAGCUGGUAAUGGUGCCGGGCUUAUAACACCAGAUUUAUGGUUACGAAAUUGUCGCAGUCGUUCAGCAUCACCAGCUUCAACUAUUUCAGUCUCACCUGGUCCCGUGCCAAAUAUACGUUUAUCUCCUGUGCCACACAUAUCGCCAACGUAUAGAAAUCAACAUACUGUCAAAGUCAUAGCAACUUCAACGCCGCAUAAACCAUUGAUCUCAGUUGCACCAGUUUCGAAAUUAAUGUCAAAAAGUCCCAGUAUAAUGUCUAAUCGUCAAUCACCAAAACAUAAUCGUAAAAAACGUAUUUUAAGACCAAACAUCACUAAUGAUUCCAUUAAUUCAAGUGGAAAAAUGAACCCAACAAGUAACUUGGCACGCGAUUUAUCUGUUUUGGGUUCAGCCAGUGCUAGCGGUUUGCUGAGUAAAGCCAAAUCACUACUGCCACCAGUUAGUGCAAGUAAUAAUCUUCGACAUAGUCCAGCACAAAUGAAUUCUGUUGCGAAAUCAAGUCCAUCAUGUGCUUUAAGUCAAUUUGCAGGUUCAAGUGUGCAAGAUUUGCAUAUGACUGUGCCACCAUUAUCUCCUAUGCUUGAACAAUCACCUGGUCCGCAACCGCAUCUUAGUGGUGUAGGUCAUAUGAGUUCAGGUAUGAAUGCACCGCCAUAUUUUGCAACUCCCACCAAUGGACACAUGGCACAAACUCCAAAUCAAUUGCCAACACAUCCAGUAUAUCCACCAUUACGUCAACCAUUUAUGCCACCACCUGCGUGUAGCAUACCACCAAGAUUUUUUGGUGGUACUCUGCCACCACCACCCCCACCAUUAUCUCAUAUGAUGCAACCCGAUUUAACAGCUGGCUUGAAUGCGUUAAUGGGCACACCACCACCAGUGACCAUUAUGGUACCAUAUCCAAUAAUAAUACCAUUGCCUGUACCCAUACCCAUACCGUUGCCAGUUGUCGAUUUUUAUAAAGCCUAUUUGUCGCCAGAAGAGCGUGCAAACUUCAAUUUGAAGACGGAACGUGAUGUUGAAACAGAAACCGAAACUGAGACAGAAACUGAGAAAAACGUGAGAGGACCUGGUAAGGCGAUAUCGAUAGAUAUGAGCGUUGAGGAUGGAAAUAGUAAAAGUGCUCACGAAGAACCGCUUGACUUUACUAAAAUAAAGCCAGAUGCUGAUGUUGAUAGAGAUAAUGAAGCAGAACAAAAUAUAAAUAAUUCUGUCUCAACGACUUCAUCUAAUAAAAGUAUGUUAGAUACUCGUACGGACACACCACAUAUUGUUACGGCAGGGUCUGAAACAGAUGAAACUGUGUCCAUGUUUCUGGGGUCUACUGACGAAACAUCGACAGCAACGAUUUCAAAGAAGUUACGAUGUGUUGUUACAAGAAUUGAAGAUGAGCCGAACAAUAAUUCAAAGCCUGGGUUUGAUGAAGCCAACAUUAAUUGUAAUAAUAAUAAUAAAAAUAAAUUAAACGAAGAUGACGAUGAUGCUAAGCAAAAACUGCCGAAAUUCAAGAUUACACGAUUACAUACGAAACGCACCAUUGUACAGCAACAACAGCAGGAGCAACAAGAGCAACAGCAUCAACAGCAACAGCAACAACAACAACAGCAGCAGCUACAACAAACCAAAGAAACCGCCGAGUGCAGCCGUCCACUACGCAAGCGUAAACGCAUUAUAGAUUGUGAUUUCCAGAAGAUUAGCUUGAAGGAAGUGUCCACAGAAGACGAUGCGCAAAACGAUGUAGUGGCUACGACUCGUACAACAAAUACAACAACCCCACCAUUAAAUGCGUGCAAUAAUAAUAAUAAUAACAAUAAAAGUAUAAAUAAAAAGUAAUAGACGCAGUAAUAUAUGUAAUAGACGUAGUAGUAGUAGUAUUGGUUAGACGUGUAUGUAAGACGAAGAGAAGUACUAACACAAAAGUAUUCUAUUUGGUAAAAUAGUAGUAAUUUUAAAAUGUAAGAAUUUGAGCACUCAGUGCAAAUAGUAGUAGAUUUUAAGUACUUUUUUAAUUUUAAUUAAAUUUAUAUAAACGAAC